UUUUUACAAAGAUUGAGAUGAACUACGCGCCAAAGCUAGAAAAUAUCAAACGGUUAAAAUACAUACAAAAAUUUAACCAAAUUGAUCGCAACAAAAUUGGUUUUAUUUCGGAGUUCCAGGCUAAAAAAGCAUUUCUUGCCGAGUCACGGCUACCUCCGGGAACUUUGCGUCGCAUUUGGGAACUUUCUGAUCAAAACCAGGACGGAAAGCUUGACUGCGAGGAGUUUGUUAUCGGGAUGCAUCUGACCGAAUCUUAUGCUAAAGGCCAUGUGAUUCCAGAUCACGUGCCAGAUCAGCCUUUAGCAAAAGUUUCGCAUCGGGAAAGUAAAACUUUUGGUUUUUAUAAGCCUUCAGCUUAUGAAUAUGGGAAAAGUCAAAAAGACGAAUUAGUGUAUAAAAGGAAAGAGAAGGAAGAAUUGGAUCGUAAGAGGAAUGAAGAACUUGAAAAGAUUCGGGAACUUUCCAAAAAUAAACAGAGUGAUGCUAUUAAGUAUAAGCAAGAGCUACGGGCCCAAAUGGAAAAAGCAGCUAAUGAGCUUUAUAAAAAACGACUGCGGAAAAAUGAGCUGAAUGAAAGGCGAAGCAAACUGAACGACCUUAUUUGGUGUCACCAUGCAAGACUCGCCCAAUUGAAUGCUCAAUUUGAAAUGGCAACUUUAAGAAAAAAGGAAUUAAAAAAAAUACUACAACUUUCCGCCGAGGAAAGCUUUAUCAAAACAAACGAAGCUCUCGCCUUAAGAAGUAAAGUUCGCGCACUGGAAGUUUUGGUUCAAGGGCUACGCAAAGACUAUAAUUCUUCUGAAGAUCAACUUCAACAGCUUGUUAAAGACGAACAAAAACUCUCACGUGAGAAGCUUGACGCUCGAAACAACACGCAAGUGCAGACCGACAGCGCUAUCAAAGAGCUUAUCAUGGAGGCGCAUGCCCACCUCGCAGAAAUUAAGAUUCUUGAAAAGCGAAUAGCACGCGACAGGAUCGAUAUCUCUGAAAAAAGAAUUGUACUCGGAAGGAUGCAAACAGAGUUAAAAAGAAACCAAGAAGAAGUCUAUGAGAGUCUUAUUAAGCGCUCUAAAUUGGAUUUUGAGCGAGUAGCUUUAAUCCGCUCAAGAAAAAACGUUGAAAAAGUUUUAAAGGAUCAACAACAAAAACUACAAAGAGAGUAUGAGUCACGUGAAAUGGAAAAAGAGCAAAUGAAACGUUUAGCGCAAGCAAAAGACCAUCUAUCCCUCAGAGAAGAAUCAAUAAAAGCUGAGCAAGAAAUAAAAAUAAAAGAAAAGCAAGAUGAAGAGAAUGAAAAACAUAGACAACGUGAAGAAGCACAACAAGCCGAAAGUUCACGACAUCUAAAGCUCGAACAGCAGCGAUAUAUAAAAGAAAAACAACAACAACUGAAUUUUAACGAAAAAAAAUUAGUCGAAACCGGAUCAACUGCGCUUCCAUACAUUGCUCUUUACGAGUACCAAUCUACCAAUAAAAGCGACUUGUGCUUCAAAGAAGGAGAUUUAAUAGUUGUCACUGACCAAACUGAUAAUGAUUGGUGGUACGGAUACAAUAAAGACCAAUCCGGAACUUUCCCUUCAAACUACGUUGAUGCUUUGGAAAACUUCGAAACGAUUCGCCACAUUCGCCCGGCGGGUGAAGAUGCUCUUAUUGGCGACAAACAAACUUUUCCACCGGAUGAUCCAAACCUUUAUGAAGCCGUUUAUUCAUAUUCUUCAACGGAACCCGACGAUUUAAAUUUUUCGAAUGGUGAUCUUAUCCGUGUCACUGACCAAAGUGAUCGUGAUUGGUGGUACGGAGAAUGUCGGGAUGAAAAAGGAAUGUUUCCUUCCAGCUACGUGAAACAGGUGUCGCCUAAACCCCUGCCCUUCGACACGUGCUCAGAGAUGAGAGAAAAUUUAAGCCACUCACAACCAAUAAAACUUGCAAGUACAGAAGUGUACAUAAUUCCCCCAACCAGUGUUUCUGUUUUGGACAACCGUUUACCUUUUAGCCAAUCAAAAUUUGAUACUCAGCCAGAAUUUUUUUCUUUAGAAGAAAGCAAACGUGAAAUUAUUAUUGCCAAAGUUAUUAAAAAUUUUGAACCGGAUGAACCGAUGCAAUUAAAACUUCAAAUUGGUGACUGUAUAAUUGUGACGGACAUGGAAGAUUUCGAAUGGUGGGCGGGAAGAUUAAUAACUGAAGAGCAAAAAAUAGAAAAAGGCGCGCUCGGGUGGUUCCCUAAGUCAUGCGUGGAAGUUUUACAAAAGAAACCAGCGGAAGACAUGUCAUUGGUGAAUCCCCUAUUACAAGUACAAGCCGUUUGCGCUUACUCCUCCCAACGCCCCAAUGAGCUUUCCUUUUCUUCGGGAACCAUCAUUGAAGUUAUCGCUCAAAGUGGCCCCCAUUGGUGGAAAGGUCGUAUUGAGGGUCAAUGCGGGUAUUUCCCGCCCUCUUACGUUCGGCCUGUGGAAGCAUCUUCUUCGUCUUUACAAAGUAAAAGGAGUUCUAAAGUUUGCUCGUGGAAUGAUAUUUUUGGUUCAGCAAUAUUAUCAACGCUCUCCGCUGAAGAACUCAAACGUCAAAAGUCAAUAUACGAACUUAUUGAAACGGAAGCGACGUAUGUGUCCGACUUAAAGGCUGUCCUGGAGGUUUUUUAUUACCCAAUGAAGGAAGCUAAAAUUUUAUCAGAGCAAAUGUUGGAUGAUAUUUUUCUAAGUUGGAAAGAACUUCUUGAAGUAAAUGAAGAACUUUACGAUGCUCUCAAAAAAGCCCAGCAAGAGGGCCAUAUGGUCGUACAUAAUGUCGGUGUUAUUCUUUGUGAAGCGCUAAAAAAGAUGGAUUGCUACGGAAAGUAUUGCAAACGGCAUGAUGCUUUCCUGAAUUUUUUAUUUAACCAAUCAGACCCGAAAAUUCGAGAAUUUAUCGAGCAAUGUGAAAAAAAUUCCCAUUUCGACUCUUUAGGCUUGUCUGCCAGUUUGCUUUUACCAGUGCAGCGGAUUUGCAGAUAUCCACUUUUAUUGCGAAAAAUUUCAACCGAAACAGGAGAGGGCCACUCAGAGUACCUGGACUGCUUGAAAGCUCUGCGAAUGAGCGAAGCGUUAACGUCUAAAAUCAACGAAGAAGUCAAGACUCAUGAGAAUGAAAAAAGAGCCAAAGAAAUAGAAAAAAAACUCUCUCCCGCCAAUCCACUCCCCAAGAAGGAACCUUGCGAGUCUCCGCGGAGAGUCGUUCAUCAAGGCGAUCUUUCUAAAAAGGGAAAAGACUUUCACGUGGUUUUGUUUAAUGACUUCUUACUGCUUACUAAUAAACCGAAAAAACAUUUGCGAAAGAAAUACCCGAGGGAAAACCUCGUGGUAUACAAAUCACCUAUACCAAUUAGCGAGCUUUCUCUGUUAGACGACUCCAAUACCAUUAAGACAAGCAUCCAUUUUGUAGUCCGCUGGAAGGGCAAGUCCUACAACUUUAAAGCCGCCAGCAAGGACGCAAAGUAUCAAUGGAUAUCCGCUUUGAAGGAAACAAUAGCAAAUAUAUCGAAGCAGUAAUGCGCGCACGAAUAAAGCGAA